AUGGGAGUCCCAGCUCUUUUCCGAUGGCUCACCAGAAAGUAUCCCAAGAUCAUCACCCCCGUGAUCGAGGAACAGCCAUACCAGAUUGAUGGGGUGAAAUAUCCCGUGGACACCACCAAACCCAAUCCGAAUGGAGAAGAAAUGUACAACCUCUAUCUUGAUUUCAAUGGCAUUGUCCACCCUUGUUCGCAUCCCGAGAACAAGCCUCCUCCGGCAAAUGAGAGUGAGAUGAUGUUGGAAAUCUUCAAGUACACUGACCGCGUUGUGAACAUGGUGCGUCCAAGGAGGUUAUUGAUGAUUGCGAUUGAUGGGGUUGCUCCGCGAGCAAAGAUGAAUCAACAACGAGCGCGCCGUUUCCGGUCAGCAAGAGACGCAAAAGAGGCGGACGAAAAGAAAGCGGAAUUCCAAACACUCCUACGUCAACAGCAGCGUGAUAGAGAUGAAGAUGAAGAGGAAGAAACAGUGGACGACGUAAUCAAGAAAACAUGGGAUAGUAAUGUCAUCACACCUGGCACGCCUUUCAUGUUCAUUCUCGCUCAAUCUAUUCGAUACUGGGUCCAGUGGAAGCUGAACACGGACCCUGCCUGGGCUCAACUGAAGGUCAUAAUCUCAGAUGCCAGUGUGCCCGGAGAAGGUGAGCACAAGAUUAUGCAGUUCAUUCGUUCCCAGCGCUCAGAUCCCGCAUAUGAUCCAAACACAAGACACGUCAUGUAUGGACUUGAUGCAGACUUGAUCAUGCUGGGCAUUGCUACCCAUGAGCCUCACUUCCGCGUCCUCCGAGAAGACGUCGAACUCAGAGAUGCCAAAGCCAAAACCUGCAGAAUCUGCGGUCAGCAAGGCCAUUAUGCCGAGAAUUGCAGAGGCGACGCCAAGAUAAAAGCAGGCGAAUUUGAUGAAAAAGGUACUACGGAGGAGCUGAAGCCAUUUGUCUGGCUAAAUGUGCCCAUACUACGUGAGUAUCUUGGUGCGGAGAUGUUUGUUCCCGGUCAAACUUUCCGUUUCGAUCUUGAGCGUGCCCUCGACGAUUGGGUAUUCAUGUGUUUCUUCGUCGGCAAUGACUUCCUGCCUCAUCUCCCAAGUCUCGAUAUCAAAGAAGACGGUAUCGACAAGCUCAUUGCUAUCUGGAGAGACAACAUCCCGAUCAUGGGAGGGUACUUGACAUGUGAUGGAAAAGUCGACCUUGCACGUGCCCAAAUCAUUCUGCAAGGUCUGGCGAAGCAAGAAGAUGCAAUCUUCAAACGCAGAAAGGAAAUAGAAGACAAACGAGCACGGAAUGAGCAGCGUCGUAACCACGCAAACGAGGCUCGAGAGGCGCGUGCCGCGAAGAGACGCCGUAGCUCUCCUGACUACAGCAAGGGUAGCAGACCGGAUGCACGGGUUCCUACCGGACCUCAAGAGACCUUUGAAGCUACGAACUUCCCAGUUUUGGACUACAACUCCAUUGUGAACAGAGCUGCCGUGGAUAAAAGCCUUGCGUCGAAUAAGAGCGCAGCAGCAGUCCUGAAAGAGCAGAUGCUUGCCAGGAAGGCUGCCGAGACACCAACUAAGAAUGGCACUCAUGGCGCCAAUGGGACCCCCAGUUCCUCGGGCGGCAGUCCAUCGUCAAUACUAGGCAAGCGAAAGGCUGCAAUAAUGGAGGCAGAGUCAGAGAGCGAUGUCACCCCUGCAUCGGCAGUGAGCAAGCGAAAGGGGGCAUUGAUGGAGGAAGAGUCGGACAGUGUUGGCACUCCUGGAAGGAAUACACCGAUUGAAAAGAAGACCUACGACAACGGGGACCCGAAUAACCCGCCCCCAGACACAGUCCGAUUGUGGGAGGAGGGUUAUGCUGACCGCUACUACGAGCAAAAGUUUCAUGUCGACCCGAAAGACAUCGGCUUCCGCCACAAGGUAGCCGAAGCUUAUGUUGAAGGGCUGUGCUGGGUACUUCUCUACUAUUUCCAAGGCUGUCCAUCCUGGACUUGGUACUAUCCUUAUCACUACGCUCCAUUCGCUGCAGACUUUGUCGACAUUGACAAAAAUGCCGUCAAGUUCGACAAAGGCACACCGUUCAGACCGUAUGAACAAUUGAUGGGUGUGCUCCCGGCAUCUUCAAAUCAUGCCAUCCCGAGCGCUUUCCACCCACUCAUGACCGACCCAGAAUCCGACAUUGUCGACUUCUACCCAGAGCAGUUCGACCUCGAUCUCAACGGCGCGAAGCAAUCCUGGAAAGCUAUUGUGUUGUUGCCGUUUAUAGACGAGAAGCGACUCCUUGCAGCCAUGGCCACCAAGUAUCAUCUGUUGACAGAUGACGAACACGCCAGAAACGAGCGGGGACAUGAUGCUCUGAUAAUAUCAGACCAGAAUCCUUUGUACGACAUCUUGGCCAUGAAGUUCUACUCGAAGAAGGCCAAGGGUGGUCCGAACACGGUGAAGUUGUCCAUGCAGAAGAGUCAACUGGCCGGAGAGGUCACCAAAAACGAAGAUUUCCUGCCUCACAUGGAUCUUGUGGGCCCGCAAGAAGACAUCAGGUUGGAACCUGAAGUCGACGAUGAUCGGUCUUUGAACGUGCAUUUCACGAUGCCGCCUCCUACCCAUGUUCACAAGUCCAUGUUGUUCCCAGGAGUCGUCUUGCCGCCUCCGGUUCUUGACAAGAGUGACUUAGCCAUCCUCCGAUCGAAGGCUAGGACAUCGGGAAGGGAUUUUGGCGGUGCGCCUCUAUAUGAUAACACUCGACGUGAUCGCCUUGACACACAGAAUCGAGGCGGACGCAUCAACUACGCUGUCGACAGACCUCCCUUCGAUGCAGGCCCUCCCGGUGUGCCACCACCGAGCCAUUGGCCUCCAGGCAUGCCUCCCCCACCCCCACCAGGCUACGGUGGCCAAAGUGGGUACAAUCGCAAUCCCCCACCCACGAACGGAUACGGAGGGCACGGCAGCCAUACUGCUCAAGGGUAUGGGGGUCAGGAUCAAGGUUACUAUGGAAACCAGGGACAGGCCCAAUACUAUGGCGGGCAGGCACCAAAUCAAUACCACGGUAGCAAUGGACAAUAUCAGCAGAAUGGUGGCAGGUCUUUCAGUGAUGGUUAUUAUCAAGGACAAAACCGGGGACCGCCAGCGAGGGACAAUCGAAGCGGAAACUAUGGCGGCGGCGGAUAUGGCCAAGGCGGUUAUGGUCGACGCUAG